UUUCAGUUCAUUCAUCGCUUUGGUAGUUGUCGAGUGUGUACUUAGGUCGGGUCCGCUUUUCCGUCACGACGAAGUCCGUUUUUCGCUGCAAAAGCCAAGUCCGUGUUUUUUACCGAUUUCCGAAAAAAAGUAAAUAACAUCUAAGCAAACAAUUGUUCGACGUUUCGAGCACUGUUUCGUAGUGUGUUUUACCCCUGCAAGGCUACACGGAUAGGCUGCGGUAUAGUAUACACGGUCGCCCAGGACAUUAUUUAGCCACAAUAAUAGUCCGUUGCGUUUGGUAGAGUGUUAACGGUAGCGGUAGCAAUUUUCCCGUUUGUGCUGAAAGUGUGUUUGCAAUCGUUCGUUCAAUCGUUCGACGGCGUGCUGAAAAGUGUGUUUGAAAAGAAGUAUUUCUGCCAGUAGAGAAGAGAGAGCAAAAAUUAAAGCAAAUCAAUCCCAGCAAAGUUGUCGAUCGUUUCUCGACCCAUCAACCCGACCGAUCGUGUGAAGUGUUUCUGCUCGUGUGCGAUUGAUUCAUUGUUGUUUCAUCAAAUCCUUCCCGGUGUCUGUGCGACAGUGCUGUAGCGUGCGUUGCGUUGCGUUUUUUUGUGUGGUGUAGUGAGUAGAGUUAGCCGGAAAAAUUAAAAGUAAUAUCGUCGCAUAUAUAAUAAUACCCAAAAAAGCAAAGCAAAUAAUUAAAAGCAACCGCGUGUGCCACAAUUUUUCCGUCGAGGUAAAAGCCUGAGUUGUGAGUAAAAGUCCACAAAAGGCAAGGAAAAAGUUUAAAGCUCGGUUCGGUACAUCGGUUGUGCAGGUCGUCGCGCGAAUUAAUUCCCCGUGCUAGAUAUCCUUCAAGCUUCAACCACAGCCGCCCGCGUCGAGACCGUGUUUUCUUCUGCCGAGCAGUCGUAAAUUACAGCACCGUAGCAACAUACCCCCAUUUUCGCGCGCGCAAACGAGAUGGAGCACCAGAAUCAGGAUCUCGGUGUGCACCCGGGCAACAAUCAGGCGGAGGUGCCGAACGAUCCAGGAAAAAUGUUCAUCGGCGGUCUCAGUUGGCAAACAAGUCCAGAAAGCUUGAGAGACUACUUUAGCAAAUUUGGAGAAAUUACAGAAGUUAUGGUUAUGAAAGAUCCCACCACAAGACGAUCGAGCUCGUCUGCGAUGGGAUUGGCUGAUUCCUCGGCUCCUCUGUAUUCGCGACCAAGGGGUUUCGGCUUCAUCACAUUCGGCGAUCCUGCCAGCGUAGACAAAGUGUUAGCACAUGGUACCCAUGAAUUAGAUGGCAAAAAGAUCGAUCCCAAAGUAGCAUUUCCAAGGAGGGCACAUCCAAAGAUGGUGACGAGAACGAAGAAAAUUUUCGUGGGCGGGCUUUCAGCGCCAACCACGCUGGAGGACGUUAAAAGCUACUUCGAACAAUUUGGACCGAUUGAAGAUGCGAUGCUAAUGUUCGACAAACAAACCAACCGGCACAGAGGCUUCGGAUUUGUCACAUUUCAGAGUGAAGAUGUAGUGGACAAAGUUUGCGAAAUUCACUUCCAUGAAAUCAAUAACAAAAUGGUCGAAUGUAAAAAAGCACAGCCCAAAGAAGUGAUGCUUCCAGCGAAUCUGGCCAAAACGCGCACCGCCGGGCGUGGGACAUACGAUUUUAUGUGGUCGCUGGGGACAUUACCUGAUGGUUUCCCCGCUGCCGCGUACGCUGCGUACGCAGCCGGCCGUGGCUUUUCCGGCUACCCGAGCUUUGGACUACCGUACCCAACAGUUGACAUCUCCAAUGGACAGUUGACACCAAACAACAACACACCGUUACUGACGCAGGCUCUUUCGGUGAUGAACAAUUACCAGGCCGCUGCUGCGGCCGCCGCGCAAGGCUUCGGUCCGCCAGCGUCCCCGCACACCACCACCACCCGGACCGCCGCCGGCUUCCCGAACGCGAACUCGCCCGGACCGACGAUCGACAUGUACAGCUCGAGCGCGGCGGACAGCGUCGGUUACGUUCAAGCCACCAGCCCGCAACCAUCCGGCUUCCCAGCGAUUGCCGUCAGUCGUGCUCCGCUAAAUUACAGCCCGGGCCAACUAAUUCCAGCGGCAUUCACCAACGGCUACCAUUGAAACAAACUAAGCAAUAUUUGAUCACCAUCGCUAGUACUUUGGACUGGAGUUUGACAGACGAGCAGCUGCUUGUGCGCGUGAAUUUGCUGACUAAAACGGACUAGUGGAACCGAACAACUGUGGCGCGGGAGUAAGGUUGAAGAAGAUACAGAUAAGAACCAACAACACACAUACACAGCCAGAAAUUAUGAACCGUUUUGCCACGACAGUUGCUGCAAUACAGCAGCAGCAGCAGCAGCAGCACCGCUUCUCGUCAUCAUUACUAUCAUCAGCAACAUCAUUAACCAGCCUGCUGCAGAAUGGUCUGCGCACAGGAAGCGGAUGCUCGGAAGGCAGGUUUAUAUGGCGAAUAAUGGUUCAGAGAAAUUGGAAACGGUAUGGUUUUUAUUAGUAAAUAAUUUCACUAUAAUAGGAGUAAACUGGGAUUUGGUUUUGGUAUUUUAAAAAAUAUGCCAAAACGCUGUUACAAUAAUACUGAGUUGAGAGAAAAUUGGUUUGUUUGAAGCAAACUGCUUCGAGUUGGUUUAGGGUAAAUGAAAGUAAUUGAAAUGUUGCCGUGAGUGGCUGUCAAAAUUGGCUAUACUUUCCAAUCGACAAAGGUGGAUUAAUGAAAUUGGCUCAAAAGCCUUCUAAGCAAUCAAAUUUUAACUGUAUGAGAACAUUUUUCCCGUAACAUUCUUAUACAGGGUAGAAUAAAGCAUACACACACGUCUGCCUAACUUCCUGUUAAUUUACCGAGUUUCCUCAGAAAGACCACUAGCCACAGCUUUGUUUGUGGUGGAUAGUUGUCAAUUGCCACAGUUUCCGCCGCAGUGGUUGGCAUUGAGAGAAAAUCAACAAUAACAAAAACGCCAUCAUCGGCUUACAGUGUGUGUGUGUGUGUGUGUGUGCAGACGUAUCGUUGUAGUGUUUCGUUUUGUUCACAAUUCGCUUUUAAAGCAUACGCUUUAUUGUACACCAUAACUAUCACACUGGUGUUGCCGUUGCUGCUGUAUCACAACGGCGUGAUGUUGAGGUGGUUUGUGUGUUGUUGUGCUUGUGGCGGCCUCUGCUCUUCGAGGGGGAAGCAUCGCUUACCCAUUUUCGCAAGAGGUGAAGCCUGCCAAGUUGUCUAGUAAAUGGCGGAAAGGGAUGUGAGAUAAGAUAAAAAGUGGCGGGGCGGGUAACAAUCUAACGUCAAUAGAACCAGCCCGCAAUGGGUGUUUAAGGCAGUCAAAUUUCACGAGCAGCCAAGCGCAAGGCAAAUGGUAUAUUAAAAACAAAAGGAAGCGUGGCAGAAUAAUGCAAACAAACGAGUUGCUAAUGCAAAAAAUUAUUAACAAAAAAAUCAACCCUCAACACACACACACACACUCGCACGUUGCUGUCGCGAAAAGCAAACCACGUGCUGUGUGGAAGGGUGAAAAUAAGCGUUAUACACACAGACACACACACCAAACACAUCCAACUCGAUAUACUAAAACAAAAAUGAGCAUACAAACUACACUUUAACACACCUAAACACACAGACACACACACACACACACACACACACAUAUUAAUGUUAAGCGAAACUAAACAUGAUUGUUUAAACCUAUGAGCUAAACGAAACAAAGAUCAACACGAUUUGUUUUGCAAAAAGAACAAACAAAAAAAGAGGAAGGUAGAGGAGAGGAAAGAUGAAAACAGAAAAAGAAACCCAAUUUGUUAUUACGAAUAAUUACUAUUUACUUAAUGUCUUUUUGAAUUUAAGCCAAUUUAAAAAGCAAAUACUUAGCUAAAUGAAAACAAAAGCAACCAAAAAAACAAAACACAAAAAAUACUACCCCCAAAAAAUAAAAAUCUUACAUGCAUCUAUAAAUGAAAGGCGUGCAUGAAAACGCGUGGGUGGGUGGUUGGGGAGGAGAAACUCUAACAAAAGAACCAAAAAUUUACCAUUCUCUUAACGAAAACAGGAAGGCAAGAACGUUGCAAAACAUAGUAAACGCCCCCCCUCACAUUCAUUUCAUACAUACGGAAAACCACACACACACACACACUCACAGUCUCUGACCGUACACAGACAAACUAUAGAUAGAAAAGGGAGGGGAGGAGAAGAGUGUAUAGGAGGAGUGGAAAGCAUGGUGGGGGAGCACGGAGCGGUGAGAUUGUGUAGGGUUCUGCAUCCGUGCAUCUUUCUCUGCGAUGCACUAGGCAGCACAGGAUGAAGCGUUGCACGUGGAGGAGUGCCCAACACCAACACCGCAACAACGCGCCUGCCAUUGUUUUCCUUCCUCCCCAUUGCAUUGUACAGACCACACUGCAAGUGUGCAUGUAGUGAGGCUGAUGUGUGACACACACAACUUUCCAGCUGACACAAUUAGAAGAAAACGAAAAAAAAACAUUUAGGCAAAAACAAACACACUCGUGAUCACCCUCCUCCCUUUAUGAUAGCGAAAGUAUGCAACACAUUCGACGCAUAACGAUCAACACCAGAACCCACACAGACACACCUAGACACACACAUACACUCUAUCAAUUAUGGAACAAUUAUUACGUUUGCUACAAGCAUAUUUAACGAUUUAACGUAACUUUUUUUACAACGGUAAUAGCAGCAGGUAAAAGAUGGUACGCUAGUGGUCUUAGGUAUAAAAAUAUAUAAAUAUAUAAAUAUAUAUUAUAUAUAUUUAUGGAAGACAGAAUCAAAGGGAAGGGAGGGCAUGGCGAACACGAUUGAAACAACCACACACUACAACACAAACCCCUACAAAGCAGCGGCGGAAGGUAAAACACCUUCUGCGGGUGUAACCGUAGUGCGCGUUAACGUUGCGUAAACGGCAGCGGUAUGAAUUGCUGUGCUGUUUUCUCUUUCUUUCCUUCUGCCGUGAAGCAGCGCAUACGCGCGUAAUGCGCUACGUAUUUGUGUGGAAAUGUAUGCAGUUUGACCACUUUUAAUAUUCAUCGUUACUUUUUACUGUUUCCUUGUCGUUUUAUAUUCCUGUUUGCUAUUUCCGUUCUCAAAGCACACGGCGCCACGCGGUGAAGCAAUGGAGCAAACAACAACAAACAAACAAACAAACAAAAUAUACACAAUGCUGAAAAUGCCCCACAAAACACACACACACACUAACAACACUCACAGAACACAGAACAGAAUAGAGCAACGCGUGCGGCGCGGGCAAAGAAGGAAACAAUUUAUUAUAGUAAUUGAAAUUUUUCCUCCCCAAACAGAAGUAAAGCAGAAGAAAAAAAAACACGGCAAGUCGGAAAAAGAUUGAUGUUUGUAUGAAAUAGAUAUGGAGAAAAAUAUUAAGUAACAAAAAAAGGAAAACAAAAAAGAACCCUGAACGCUGGUGAUGAUGGAAGGUGAAAACGCAAUAAUUGUUAUAUUAGUACGAUGAUGAGCGGCAGCAGUCUAGUAGGAGGAAGCUGAAAGGAGGAAGAGAGCGGCGCAGACAGCAGACGCUUAUGCGAAGGAGCUAACGUAGAAGAAGUGCGCUAAUGUGUGCGCUAGCGAAGGGGGUACAGCGGAGGUUUGUGUGGGGCCCUGGUGGCACCAGCUAAUUAAUUAAAAUAAAUGACAAUGACAGCAGCAAGUCGGAUGGGAGAGGUGCCUGCUGCGCUUCUAAAUUACGGCUCGUUGCCGGUGGUACCUCGUACUGUGUAAACGUCCCGCACCACUUCAACAGUCACACAUGCGUGCACACACACACUAAUGCACAAGCGCGUGCAUGUAGGUUUGGUUGGUGGGUGGACAAACGCAAAUAAAACAGAAAUCAAUUAAUAGACCACAGAGUAACGCAAAGAGCGGGGCGGUUGGUGGCGCAUUGUAUUCGGUGUCACUGUUCACUGUUUGGCCAUUCGGCGCGGAUGCCACUACUAGCCUAUACAUUUAAAUAUUGAAAGUAAACAAUUCAUAUACAAUAACAAAUGCAACGUUUAAAGGUCACAUCUUCAUCAAACUCUUGCCCUUGCUUUUUUCCCUGCAUAAAACAAACAGUCGGAGCAAACUUGUGGAAAAUUGCAUCCUUUUUACAAAGCAAUGUGUGUGCGCGCGUAUGCGUGUGUGUGUGUGUAUGUGUGUGUGCAGUUUUGAGGAGCGGGAGCGUUUGGAGCAAUUUUACACUCUUACCGCAAACAGGUAAUAGUUUGCACUCUGUCAUUACUCACAAGCAUCACAAGCAUGAUAAUAAACCAAACCAAAAAAAAAAAAAGAAACGUUAUCAGCAAAUAUUCACCCUCCCCUCCCAAACAAACAAAAAAAAUACUUCACAUAAACAAUUUCACAUAACUUUAAGGGAAUCUUACUACAAAAUACCACACAAACUCACACGAAUUCAAUUCAUCAAAAACUCAAGCAAAUUAAUGAACGAAUAACGAAAACAAAACAAAAACGACGAGAGGCGGAGAAUAAAAAUAACAGACACACACAAAAAAAAAAACAACGGGAAACAGCAUAUUUAGCAUCAUUCGAAAGGAACAGCAGGGGCGGCAGACAAAAGAGAGGACAGAAAAUCACACUUGUAAAAUAUUAUAAAUAUAUAACUAUGUCGAGAUUGAUGCAGUUGAGCAGCAGAUAAAAGCGCAUUCAAACAGAGCGAUGCCGGCAAGAAAAAAGGGAAGCAGAAGAAAUGAACUCACGGCAGCACAUAUAGGAUAAAGAUGUGGACAGCAACUCCAGUGCAGCAAAAGUAGGUACAUAGAGGUGAAAAAUGAAGCAACAAAAAAAAAUGGAGCAAUUCCGCGGGAUAGAUUGAGAACAUACAGAAACCAAUCUCAAACCUAAAACCCGAUCACAGAUGAAUUAGCGAACGUGAAUGUCGAUAGAAAAAACAGCUGCAGCAGCAACAACAACAACAACAACUGGACAACAAUUAGCAACAGAAACAGCAACAACAGGCAAAGAGAGAACAAAAGAAUAAUACACCCAAAAAAAAACAAAACACAAGCAGAACCGGAACCACAUGCAGUGCGCAAUAGAAGGAAGACGCAAGGAAGAACAAAUCUUAGUUAAAUAUAAAUUAUAUUAAAAUUUAAAUUAAAUAAUUGAAAGAAAAGAAAAAAAAGUAAAACAAAUAUUUAAAAAUACUAUGAUAAUAAAUUACAAUUAUUAUAAAUUAAUUUUUAUCAUAACUGAUGCGUGUGAUGAUGGGUGGGCCAUGCCGGGCCCAACGAUGCGUUAAUAUGGGACACAAGCCAUGCAAGCCGCCGAGGCGCACGCACACACGCAACAACAACAAAAAGAAAAAAAAACAUGGAUGGCGGCGCGUGCAACAAAAACAAAAACGUAAAAUGCGAACAAUAUGGUCUCUAGAAACGCUCUGCUAGAGAGGGUGGGCCGGGUGGAGGGUAACGUUUUUGCCAAGUCUGUGUCUAGUGCCCACAGCCCGCCGGCACGCACCGGCACAAACGUGCGCGUAAGUGUACGCGCGGGGUUUGAGCCUUGUUUGAUUCUUGAUGCCUGCCGAUGAUGGCGGAUCAUCAGUAUGAUGAUCAUCAUCAUUUGCCUGGUCGAACUACCUUUCAAAAGGGAGAACGAAAGAGACACAGAGAGAUGGAUCGAGAAAUGAGAUCAAAUACACAUACAUACACACAGCAACAAAAACACACCAAGGAAUAGCACAAACAGGAAAGACAUCAUUAAAGAAACAAACAAACAACAAACAAAGAAAGUAAGCACCAAACCAGACGACACCCGGCGUGUCUCUUUUGAGGGGAUAAAACGAGGGCACUCUAGGUGUCCGUUGUUUGCCCCUCCCCCACUCUAAUACGAUGUGACGGGAAGGAAGCUGGCAACGCGAGAAUAAAACCACAUUUCCCGACAGUUACAGCAAUGAAAGCAGAAAGAAAGCGUACGCAACAAGCAAAAAAAAGGAAAAUUAAAAACAACUUAAGAAGCAACACAAUUUUCUCUAACUCUAUGCUAAAUAACGUAAAGUUUAACAACCACCACAUCCCAAGCAAAAAUCCAAACAAACCAAAAGCAACCGGACAAAGUAAGAACGGUAAACCAAAUACCCAUACCGCGCAUUAACAUUCUAUAAACUGCAAAAUAAGAAUAAAACCAAUUGCCUGAAUAUGUGACAUGUAAGCAGGAGACAGAACAAGGAGAAGAAAAAAACAUAAAAAUACACAGACACACCCACACAAACAAAACCAAACGAAUAAAAUGCUAUAAAUCCCACAAUUUUCUUCUAAACAAUAAUGUGCGAGAGCAACACAAGGAAAAACAUCUUACAGAAACAAGACGACAACAACCACUACUACAGCAACAGCUAGAACAACGUACACAUUCUCUGAAACGGAAUACAAAACAACAAUAACAACAACAGAAACAGACAAAAAAUAACAAAAAGAACAAAUACAAUUAACAAUUGUGAAUUAUGAUGAUUAUUACAAUUAUUGCUAGCUAGUAAAAGCAGAAAGAAACCAGAUACCGCUCUCGGAGAGGACGUUAAGCAAGGAGCGAACCAAAACAUGGAUGCAUGGUAAUACAUUUACGGGAGCGCGUAAGCGCGUGCGCGCGCGUUGCACACUUUAAACAACAACAAAAAAACAUAUUCUACUUUUAUUAAGCAAAGAAAUAACAAAAAAAAACAAAACAAAUGAAAGUAAGCAAGUCCCCACCAACCAAGAAACAAAAAUAAACAAAUAAAAAAACAACAAAAACAAAACAAACAAGGAAAACUCAGAAGCACACUCUAGGCAGAAGGAAAAAAAAUAAAA